ACAACGUGUGGACGGGAGGUAAAUCAGAUGACGUAAACGGAUGGGUCUGGUGGUCGGAGGGUCACCGCUCAGAUAUUGAUUGGACAAAAUUGUCGGUCACAGGGUUUGAUCCAACCAUAGGCGCUUGCAUCGUGCUGUCAAAUCAGGCAAGCGAAAUGUUAAAUACAGACUGUGACGCCUUUCAUCCAUUUUUAUGUCAGAGAGAAACGGGUUUCAGAAUUUCAGAGAAUGAUUGGUUCCAAGUAAACGACCGGAAGUUGGCACGUGUCGCCAAGGGAAGUAACUGGGAAUCUGCUUCGCUCAUAUGUCAAGCGAACGGAGGAACACUAGCUUCUAUUUAUGACAUAACGGAAAUUAGCACGAUUCAAAGAGAACUGGAAGUGAAAGGCGUACCUUAUCCUCAACAAUUAUGGCUUGGUGGACUCUACGAUGAGACACAAAUGACGUGGAUAUGGCAAGAUGAAAAUCUACCGAUAGACGGGAGUCUCUGGUUGUCGGGGUACGGAGGAGAGCCCGAUCAACUCCCAGAUAACGCGUGUGUGAUGAUGUAUGCAGACAGCUUCCGGAACGAUAUGUGUGCUAACGAAUAUAGUGCCCUAUGUCAGAUAUUUUCAGCUGGUGUUACUAAUCUGAUGUAAUGAUGGUAGUGACGAUUGAUUUGUGUACACCUAAUGACAAUUGAUUCAUGUUCGCUUAUGACGAUUGAUUUGUGUAUACUAAAUAACGAUUGAUUCGUGUAAACCUAAUAACGAUUAAUUCGUGUAAACCUAAUGGCGAUUGAUUCAUGUACACCUAAUGACGAUUGAUUCAUGUACACUUAAUGACGAUUGAUUUGUGUACACUAAAUAACGAUUGAUUCAUGUAGACUUAUUGACGAUUGAUUUUGUACACUUAAUGACGAUAGAUUCAUGUUCGCUUAAUAAGCACUUUUCGGUUCAAGGUUCAUAACAAUUUGAAGUACACAUAGCCAAUAUGCAUCAGUAUUUUUUUACAGUUACAUCACGUUUCUCAACCGGAAGUCUGCUUUACAAGAAAAAGGACUUUUCGUGAAAACAUAGUUAUAUCACGUUAGCUGGUCGCAAACCCAUUAUGUUGGUUUUGUCAUGGCACGGCUCAUUUGUAUUUCAUGAUUCCCAGUUAAAAUAUUUGUUUCGUUCAGCUGUCGGUUAGAGCAAAUACCUAGUAUUGAAUGAAAUAGGAAGUAGUCUUACACUUUUGCAUUUAUUUUUUUCAAUUUACACAAUGUUGUAGUAGUUAAUUAAGUAUUUGUUGUAGUCAUUUUAUUUUAUCAUUUUA